AUGAAGUCUCUCGUGACGUGCCUCGUCGCAGGCAGCCAAUACCUCCUCCAUCCAGAAAAGCUCGGCACCGUCCAGGAAACCAUCAAGCCCGACGCCAUCAUACCCGUUACGGUGCUCGACACGCGCGAGAUCUUUGGCAACGUCGACGACACGCUGCGCCGCUUCGACCGCCGCGACGACGUCUUUGUCCCCGACUUCGGCUUCGUCCUCAUCGAGAAGCCCAGCUCCAACUCGAGCUCCAGCACGAGUUCCGCCAGCCAUGAUAGGCGGGGGCACCACUAUCGUCUCAUGGACGGUGGCAUGGGCCCGAAGAAGGAUGACAGGGGCUUCAUGGCAAACGACCUGGCCAGGUUGCCAUCUGGCCCCUACUUCCUCCACGGCCCGAACCUGUACCAGGCAUGGAGGCUCUACGACGACGAGGCGGGCGCCUUUGCCUUUGGCGUCAUUCCCGAGAACGUGACUGAGCUCACGGCCAGCAUCAUCAUCAUCAGCAGCAGCAGCAGCAGCGCCUUUCGCACCCUCCCCUCGCUCUCCAACUCAGGCUCUCACAGGGCCAUUGCCGUCCCCUCGCGCCUCUAUCACCCAGCCCCGACCCGCGACAAGCCCCUCAGCGGCAUGCGCGUCUCCAUCCCCGACUCCGUCUCCCUCCAGGGCGUGCCGACCACCCUCUCCAGCCGCGCCUGGCACGCCCUGCACGCAUCGUCGCCCGCCGACGCCACGGCCCCGCUGGCCCGCCGGCUGCUCGACCUCGGUGCCGUCGUAGUCGGCCAGACAAAGUCGUCACAGCUCGCCGCCGGCCGCGAAUGGGUCGACGAGCAGGCGCCCUGGAAUCCGCGGGGAGACGGCUAUCAACGCCCGGCCGGCGGCGGCGCGGCUGGUGCGGCGGCGGCCGUGGCGGCGUACACAUGGCUGAGGGCCGCGUAUGGCCUCGACGGGGUUGGUGGUGUUGAAGGGCCACCGGCCGCUUCUCAUGGCCUCUUUACUCUCCGCACAACUCCCGGCGCCGUCUCGCUCAAUGGGACUCAGUCUGGCUCUCCAUCGUACGACUCGAUCGCGCUGGUGGGCCGGGACAUGCCCGGGCUCCUCAACACGGCCUCGGCAGUGUUCGACCAAUCGCCCCCAGGCUCGGACCCGCCUCUUCCAGGGCGACUGGUCUAUCCCGUCGACACGUUUGACGGCGAGGCGUCCGAGGACCAGCAGAAGCUGACGGCGCAGUUUCUGCGGACUCUGGAGGUUCUCAAUGGAAUCAGAGCCGACAAGGUCAACAUGACGGCGACAUGGACAAGUAAUCCGCCACCCGAGGCGCAGAAGCAGACCUUGAGCGAGUACUUGAAGGGUGCCGCCUUUGGUUCAUUCUGCUACGAGUUCUACCACGCCUACGACGAGUUCAGGGCGGCCUAUCAGGCCAAGUUCCAGCACGCGCCAUACAUGGAAGCCACGGCCAAGUACCAAUGGCAAGUCGGCAAGGCCGUCUCCAGGAACGACUACGAGGCGUACCAGCACCGGAUCGGCGUCUUCCGUAAGUGGUUCAACGACAGAAUCGCGCCCUCGAAUCACUCCCGCACCGAAGACUUUUGGACAGCCGUCAUCCUGCCGGUGAAUAGCCAGGCGCCCAGGUACCGGGACGAUGUUCCGAGUGCACCCGCAGCGCCGAGUAGUCUUGCGCCAGAGCUGCUCCCGUUGAUGCUGCGCGCGCCUCAGCUGAGUGUCCCAUUCGCUCAGCUGCCAUACGACUCGCGCAUCAGCGAGCGCACGGAAUAUCGCGCCGUUGCCGGCUCCAUCAUGGGCCCCCCGGGGAGCGACAUGCUGGCCGUCCACCUGGUGCACCGGGCACUGGACAAUGCGGGCUGGUACACCACCGUCGCCGCGGGGAGGCUUCCGUUCCCCGAGGGCUACAAUCCCGGCGACGACAUCGAGAAGCCUCCCAGGGUGCCUGGAGAUCCGGAUGAGCUGUGA